AUGAGUCCACAGGCCCCUCUCCGAGUAGCUGUCGUCGGGACGGGAUUGGCCGGGCUUAGCACCGCAUAUCUGUUGCAAAAUGACGAACAACAAAGAUAUGCCGUGACCCUUUUUGAACAGGCUGAGAGUCUGUCUUUCGACUCAGCAUCCGUUGCGGUUCGAGAGGACAGAUCCGGCAGCAUUGAGAGGAUCGACCUUCCAAUGCGCGCCCUCGCCGGAGGGUAUUAUCCCAACGUGAUGCGCAUGUAUGACCACUUGGGCAUCCCAUACCAUCCCAUCCGCUUCUUGUUCUCAUUCGCCAAAUCACUGCCAGAACGCAGGCCUGAUACGAUAGCAUCGGGAAAGAACCAGGCAACUCUGGAGGGCGCCGGUGGGGUGCCUGGCGAGUACUUUGUCCACGCAUCCAAUCUGCAUCAAGCACCCCCUUGGCCGGGAAGCCGCGGAAUUAUGGCGCACUUAGUAGAGAUUCUGUACCUGAUUAUAUGCCAGUUUUGGUUCACAGUGGCGUGCUUCAUGGUACACCCUAUGACUGAGGGGUCCGAUGGGGGAGAGACGUUUGGCGAGUAUCUGGAGAGGAUAUGGCUACCGCGACGGUAUGCCACGCACUACCUGCUCCCACUCAUCAGCAGUGUUGCGACGUGUACGCAUGCUGAGCUCCUGGCUUUCCCCGCCAGCGACGUUGUCGAGUACAAGAAACGCUCCCAUGGACAACAGCACUACACUGUCUGUGGCGGUGUCCACCAAGUUGAAGGAAGAUUGGCUAAAGAAAUGAAAGAGGUCCGACUAGGAGCAUGUGUUGCGGAGGUAGCCUCAACGGCUGAUGGGAGAGUGCGAAUCCGCUGGCAGUCGACGAGGAACGCAGCUGGGCAGAUUAUGGAUGACGUAUUCGAUCGGGUCAUCCUCGCUGUGUCGCCAGACGUGGCUGGCAAGAUCUUCCAGCCCCUGCGCAAAAUUCUCGAGCCAGUACCAACGAUACGCGUAGAGAGCUCAGUUCUCCGUCCACUGGAUGCGGAACCAAGCCAGUCGUUCACCCUCAUGGAGGAUGAAGGGAGACAUCCGAAAGCUUGUUCACAUCAUCGUGGGAAUGCCAUGCCGCCGCAAGUUAUCUGUCUCAGAACCGACUUUUCCGCAAAAGAAGCUGCGCGGACAGAGGCUUUGCACACAAUGCCUAGAGGAACAGUCGUGAGCACUUGCCCGCUUGACGUACAGGCCGAUGCGAAGAGGGUACUGCGGACAGCGAGAUUUACAAGGACCUUGAGGACGCGUCAGAGUAGGGCAGUUGUUCGAAAGAUCAUGGGCGAGGACAGGAACCUGGACAAAAAGAAUGACCAGACCGCCGGCAUGGGUGACUGGACCAAUGGACAAGAUAAUGUGUGGUUGACCGGGGCGUGGUGCUGGGACGGAAUGGUCCUACUCGAAGGGUGUGUUAUCUCUGCGAUGAGAAUCGCUGACGAUUUUGCAUUUACUAUUACUUUUCUUCGGCGGAAAGACGUCUACGACAAUGAUCACUGGAAGCUGAACCUCAAAGUGCCGUUCACCACCAUGUGGAUGAACAUGGGUUAUUGGACGAAUGCCAACAACCUACGUAUUACAGAUUUUGAAACAGCCUGUCGCAAUUUGCUUAUCGAGGUCCUCAAAGAAGCCCAGAUUUGGAAAGACGUGAUUCAGUCUGCAGCAAUAUCUCUUCUAGACCUAGGUGUUGGCUGUGGUGAUCAGUCCCUGGAGCUUGCACGACUGAUUGACGAGCGAGGUGUGACCAGCUAUCGAUACGUAGGGCUCACUAUCAACGAGUCCCAGUAUCGAUUGGCCUCAACUAGAGUCCGAUUGCAGGCUCAAAAGCUCAAAUUAGAAGAUGGAAGUGUUGAGAUAUUUUGCACUGACGCUGCCAACCCCGAGACCUGGGGCGCGCACGUAAAGUCUGCAAUCAGAUCUUUGAAGGAGGACAGCACCGACCGACAACGAUGGGUUCUAGCGCUUGACAGCCUGUACCACUUCUAUCCCUCCAGAAAGCCAAUCUUCACCUAUGCCGCGCAGACACUCGAUGCCUCGUUCAUGGCCUUUGACUUGAUACUGAGCGAUGGAGCGUCUUUACGACAAAGGUUCCUCGUCAAGCUCAUUGGACUAGCGAUGGGUUGUCCUACUACUGCUUUUGUUACAAUGGCAGACUACAAGAAGCAGCUCGUUGACGCGGGUUACGAUGAAGAUCAUAUCCAUUUCAAAGAUAUCACGGAACAUGUGUUCUCUGGUCUCGUCAGUUAUAUCAAAAGUCAGAGUGAAGCGUUACAGCCGUUUGGUAUCUCAGCAGGGAAGUUCAAGGUUGCAGCAAUAGUGUUUGACUGGUUUGCUAAGUCAAACGCAAUGAGGGGAACAAUUGUGAUUGCGCGCAAGAGAUCCAAAGCCCAAGGAGAAGCAUCACAUAUGAAGGGAGGAGCAAAAUGA